AUGGCCGCCAACGCCAGGUAUAGCCUGCCUCCUGGAGGCUAUACCGGCAGAAAUGGAGGAGCCUCGCGACCCGACGCGGCUCCUUUGCCACACAUAGACGAUCUCGUUGCGAUCCCCAAAGACAUAGACCCCAAUCAGUCCAUUCGGCGGCUUCUGGACCAAGCGGAAAGCUCUCUCCGGCAGUCCGAGAUGAGCCGCGACUUCAACAGGCCUGCUCUGGCUCUCAAAGACUACAUCAGGGCCUGCGUCAUUGCCGUGCAUACCAUCUCCAAACAUCAGGACUAUCCCGCCAUGAAAUCGAGCCACGGGGACACUGCUCGCCUGCACAACUCGCUCUUGAAGAAGAUAGACCAGCAGAGCGGUAUAUACGAGAGAAUCAAACGGGACAUCAUUGCCGACAACAAGACGAGUGGUGUUCAACCCACAGUCCGACGCGCUGCCACUCCGUCAGCACCGAACCCAUCGUCGCCCAGCUCGUCUCCCAUCACCACCAGCAGUCAGCCUCGGCAGCAGUCGAACGGUUCGGCGGUCAGGUCGAAGCCCGCCAUACAUCCUAAGCCUGCCUCCCUCCAUGGCAACGCCAUCCCGCCGGGGCACCAUCAGGCCAACCCAUCCAGCAACGUCACGCUGGAUUUGGCUGCGCGGUUCGCCAACCUGCGCGGACCGCAACCCUCCCCCGGCCAAGACCCUCGCAUCAAGACAUAUUCCAUCAUCCCUCAAAAACCAGCAGGCCCGAGAGAAAUGCCGCCAGCUCCUCCUCGAAAAAUCAACGUCGCUGCCGGCAACGCGGCCGCCGCUCUGCCUAAAUUGCCCGACGCCAUCUACAGCCCCGUCCGCGGAAGUGUGUCUGGAGAAGCGGCACGUUUACCUACAAGCACGUCAAGGGGCCUCUUCAGCCGCACGGGAAUGCCCACAUCGUCGGCCAGCACCCCGAACCUGACCCAGUCGCGGCAAAGCAACGAAUACUUUCCACUCGUUCCCCCAACUGCUGCUGCUGCUGCUGCUGCGGCGCCAGGCGUCUCGCCCGAAAGAAGCUUCGAUAUCCCCGACGGUGACACGAUAACGCCGGAACAGCUGCAUGCCGUAAUGAAGUCCAAAGCAUCUAUUCUUCUCAUCGACAUCCGAGCGCGAGACGAGUACGAUGAUGGCCACAUCAUGGCUUCGUCGAGUAUUUGCAUCGAGCCCAGCAUAUUGAUGAGGGAUAACAUCUCAGCCUCGGAUAUAUCGGAUAGCCUGGUCUUGUCUCCCAACUCCGAGCAUGCCCUGUUCGAAAAAAGAGAUGCUUAUGAUCUAGUCGUGUUUUACGAUCAAAGCUCGGAGCACAUACCGCAAACCCACAGGAACUCGGACGAAGAAGUAGUCGUGUCAUUGCACCGUGCUUUAGUCUUGCUUGACUAUGGUCGUGACUUGAAAAACUCGCCCAAGCUCCUGCGCGGAGGCUUGGACGCUUGGGUGGACUUGAUGGGCUCGCGCUCGCUGCAAUCCACCCCGUCUGCUCAGUCCAGGGGCAGCCCGGCAAAGGCGCGCCACGGGCUCAUCAGGCGGAAGGGCUCCAAAUACAUCGUCACGCCCUUGCAGUCCGAGGAAGACGUCAAGGCGUGGCAGAAGACGCUGGACAAGGACGCGGCACGCCCUGCCUUCCCUCGCACCGAAGACGAGUUCCUCAGGUUCCCGCCCAUACCGGCUGAGCGACAGUCCAUGGCAUCCGGCAUGUCGGCAGAACACCGCUUUAGGCAUGAGCUGGCGAGCAAGUUCAGUUCUCCGACCCAACUGCCGCCACCGCCGGCUCGGCCUCAAGCCGCGGUGCAGCGUCCGAGCCACAGCGGCCUGUCCCAAAGCGACCACGACGACGACGAUCUUGCCGGGCAGCCCAAGAAAGCCACGGAGCACCUGUACUACACCGGUCUCAACAACCCUCGCAACUGGUGCUAUGCCAACAGCACGCUGCAGUCACUCCUUGCCUCGCCCGGUUUCGGAAGAGAGCUCGCGGACCGAGCGUGGGAGAAGCAGUAUAAAAACCUGGUGCCGAGGAAGGACAAUGAGAAAAUGGACCAGCCGCAGCUCAUGAUCCAGAUGAUAUCUAACCUGUUUCACUGGAUGAGCUCGGGCAAGUUUGAGACCAUGAAGGCGCAAAUGCUCAUGGACUAUUCUCGGCAUCUGUGCCAGUCCGGGGACCCUCAAACCCAGUUUGGCGGCCCAGACCAGCAAGACGCCCAGGAAUUCAUGUCCUUCCUCAUGGACCAGCUCCACGAGGAGACGAACCUGCGUCGCAACCAAAAGGGGACGCCGGACAAGCCAGACACCAAGGGACAGUCUACGGUUGGCGCCGCGGCGGAAUACUGGCGCAGCCACAGCAAACUAAACGACUCCAUCGUGGACCGAUACUGGCGCGGCCUCGAGGUAUCCACCGUGCAAUGCAACCAAUGCGACACGCUGACCUACACCUUCUCGCCGUUCGAAUGGCUCUCCGUCGCCGUCCACGGAAAGGACGACGUCACCCUGGCCGAGGCUCUCCAGAAAACCACGGCCGACAACCAGCUGGCCGACUUUGAAUGCAACCACUGCCAGCGAAAAGGGCGCGCCGUGCAAAGGAUGUCCCUGGCCAGGAUGCCGCCGCUCCUCUGCAUCAGCUUCCGCCGCUUCCACUACCAGGGCCGGGGCUUCAGCAAGAACACCGCCGCGGUGACGUGGGACCUGAACGACUUUGACUUCUCGCCCUACUUUGUCGACGACGCGGCGGCCGCCUCCUCCGCGCCGGACGGCUCGGCCCCGGCCCCGGCCCCGGCCCCGCGCGACAGGGCGUUUUCCGGCCCCUUCAGGUACGAGUGCUACGCGGUGGUGGUGCACGCCGGCCGGUCCAUCAACACCGGGCACUACUACGCCUACGUGCGCGACCCGAGCGCCCACGGCCAAGACGCCUGGUACCUCUGCAACGACAGCGUCGUGAAGCGCGUCCGCAUCGGCAGCCGGCAGAGCGACGAUGUCCAGGGCGAGGUCUUCCGGUCGGGCGAAGACAAGGUCCCGUACCUGGUGUUUUUCAGGAGAAAGAGCGCGUAA